UAACUACUUCAAUAUGGCGGAUUGAUUCCAUGAUAAAAGACUUUUCUCGAAUUUCUAUCCCAUUACGUAUUCUAUUCGUUUUUUUUUAGAAAAAGGUAAAAAUAUCUUUGAAAUAAAACAUUUUUUGUUAAUAAUUUUGUUUAUGAUUUAUCAUUGGAUACCACUUAAAGCCAAGUAUCUCCGAAAUUCGAUCUUGUCGUCCUUUCGAGCACAUAAUAUACUCAUCUUUUGUUGUUAUAAUCAUUUCAGAUUUUGAAAUCAAGAUGCCGAGACGUACACGGCAAACCGUUUCAAAGGCUGCAAAAGAAGAAGUUUUCGAAGAGCCACCAAAAUCUCGAAGCAGAGGUCGCAAACGAGGACGUCCAGCUCAGAAUGAAGUUACAGAAAACGAAAGUGUCAAUAGACCAAGAAGAGCUGCAGCAAGAGCUGCUGAACAAGCAGCAGCAGCAGCUCAAAUUGCCGAAGAUGACUACGCCGCCAUUGAAAAAGAGGAAGACGAAGAAAUGGAUAUGGAUGAACCGGAACAAGGAGCUGGUGAUUCUAAACCCGUAAAAUCAAAGAAACCUCCUUCACCAACGAAAGCUGCGAAACGUUCUCGUAAAGCCGUUGAAUAUGAAAAAGACGAAGAAGAAGAUGAAGAUUAUGCUGAAGACUUGGAAGAAGAUGAUGACUAUGAGGUUGAUGAAGAUGAUGAUGAUGAUUGGAAUAAACCAAAAAGAAGAAGAUCAGGAGGGAAGAAAACUCCACCAAAAAGUCCUGGCAAAAAAUCAGCCAAAAGUUCCAAAACUCCACCAGUACCAACUCGUCGUUCUUCCCGCACUAGUCGAAAGUCUAGGGAACCAGUUGAGGAUGAUGAACCAGAAUUUGAGGAAAGUCCUCGUAAGAGAUCAAGCAGGAAAGCCAAGUCUGCUGCCGAAACUAAACUUGCCGAAGCUGAGGCAGACGAUAGCAACGAACGUAAAACGCCUGAUGAAAUGAACGAUAAGCCCGAAGAAGAUGCAAUGGAAGAAUGUCCACCUGAACCAAAAGAAGCUAAGGAGGUUAGUGAAACCGAAAAGAAAAAGACAGUUCCGAUAAGCAAACCUGAAGAAAAGGUUGAGGAUCAGCCAAAGGAAGCUCCUAAGGUUGAAGAGAAAGCCACUGAAAAAGAGGCUGAAUUAGGCACAAAAAAGCAAGAGAAGAAAGAAGACAAUAUAGCAGAUGACGAGGAUGAUGAUGAUGAUGAUGAUGAUGAGGGUAAAAUGCAAAUUGAUGAGGAAAGAACUGAGGAAAAUACCGAAGAAAAACCAAAAGAGAAAAUAGAAGAAAAAUGUGAAAAAACGGAAGAAAAGUCUAAUGAUAAAAUAGAGGAAAAGGUUGAAGAAAAGCUUGAGCAGAAACCUGAUGAGAAACCCAAGGAAACUGCUGAUAAAACCAAAGAAAAAACUGAGGAAAAGUCAGCUGAGAAACCCGAUGAAAAAACUGAGGAAAAAUCAGCUGAGAAGCCUAGCGAAAAAGUUGAUGAUAAAACUGAUGAGAAAAUGGAUGAAGAAACACCAAAAAAUAGUGAUCACGACGUUGAAGAAAAAAAGGAAGAACCUAAAGAGAAAGUUGAAGAGAAAAUCAUUGAAAAGCCAGAAGAGAGAGUUAUUGAAAAACCUGAUUCCGAAUCAAAGAGCUCUAAUGUACCCGCAGCUGAUGAUAUAUCUAAUAAAAAUACUAAGGAAAAAUCGGAUGAAAAAGUGACUGAUUCGUCUCCAGUAAAAGAAGCUGAUGAUAAAGCUGAAACCGCUACAGUUGAAAAGAAGGAGAAUGGUGAAAAAAGUAAUCAAAAUGACAGUGAAAAAGAAAUUUCACCAAAAAAACAUUGCAAUGGUGAUGUUCAAGACCCUUUGUCGAGAUCGUCAAUCAUUAAUUCUAAUGCUAAGCAAACUGAUCCUAAGAACCGAUUCUCUCUGGUAGUAUACAAUCUCUUGGCUGAAUUUCAUUCUUCCCGUGGCUAUCUUACGUGGACGACCCCAGAAGAUCUUGAUCAAGUGAAUAGACAUAAACUACUUGUAAAAGAACUCGAUUAUUUGGAUGGGGACUUGCUUUGCCUUCAGGAGGUAGAUGAAGCUUAUUUUGCGAAGACCCUUCAACCAGAGCUAGCCAAGCAAGGUUAUGAAGGUGUUUAUUUCGCCAGAAAACAAAAUUAUACGGAAGGUUGCGCUACUUUCUAUAGAAAAAGUGUGUUCAAAUUGGAAAAAGAGGAAAAGGUGCAUUUAGAAAAAGCAAUUGUGGAGCAAGUUGAAGCGAGUGAGCAAAAGUCGAAAAUUGAAUCCGCUGUUACGAGUCCAGCCGUGAUGAUCGUCAUGACUUUUCUCCAUGAACCAUCCGGUAAUUCGAUAACAAUCGGAAAUGUACAUGUGGAUUGGGCAAAUUUUACAAAUAAGAGUUUGAUUAGUGUUCAAUCAGCUUUAGCCGUCCGCAAAAGUGCCAAAUCUCCGUACCAUAUAGUUGCUGGAGAUUUUAAUGCAUUUCCAGAUUCUCCAGCUUAUCAAAUUUUAACUGAUGGAGCACCUAAUGAAAAGAGCUCAAGUGUUCUAUCAGGAAUAAAGAUCGAAGGUGAAAAAUCACUUUUAGAUCUUUGGAAAGAUGGAUUCAAACAUUCUUCGAAAAAUCUAUACAGCGCUUACAAACGUGUUGCUGACAAUGAACCAGAACUUACGAAUUGCAACCCAGAAUUAUGGAAAGAAGAAAAGGGAAAGACUACAGAUUAUAUUUGGUGUUCUCCCCUCAUCGAAACUCUAGAUGUGCUUAGUGUUCCGCAAGUUAAGCAAAUCGGCUGUAAGAUUCCAAACAAGCAGUUUGCGUCUGAUCAUUUGUCUCUAAAAGCAACUCUUGCAUUUCAUUAA